GGUGGCGGCCGCCGCCGUCGCUGCCCUACUUGAAUCGGUUUCAGACUCCUCCCGAGGCGAGACGGGAGCGGGAGAGCGGCGAGGCGGGAGGGAGGGAGGAGGCGAUGCUCGGGGCCGCGCCGCUCCGCCCGGCCUCCUCCGCCCCGCGCAGCCCCGCUCCCUGCGCUGCCGGCAGAGCCAGCCGGGCGGCGGAGCUGCGGCUGGGACCGGCAUGGGCACCUUAGGCAAGAGGAGAGAAAACCAGCAACCUGCCCAAGCAUGCAGCACUGCCCCUGAAUCCGCGCUGGAGCUGCAGCAGACCAGCCACUGUCCCAGCCUCUCAAAUCAUACUCAGGUCAUGAUGGUGCCGUUGGGGCACCUAGCCAAAGGAGCCACUUUGGAAGACCUUCUUGAAACCUGCAUUCAGUCUUUUGAUUUAGAAGGAAAUGCAUGUCAAAACAACCAGCUGCUAAAAAUCAUUCUGGCCAUGCAUCAGUUUUUCAUCUCCUCUGCAGACAUGCUUCAGAAACUCGUUGAUCUCUAUCUUAAUGCUUUAGAAAAUAACUCUUCCAUGCUGUGUGUAAAGAUCUGCUAUUUUGUGAGGUAUUGGAUUACAGAAUUCUGGAUUAUGUUCAAAAUGGACUCUAAACUAUCCGCAGCUAUGGAGGAAUUUCAAGAAGUGGUUCGAGCUAAUGGUGAGGAGUUACAUUGUCGUCUAAUUGACACAUCUCAAAUAAAUUCUAGGGAUUGGUCUAGAAAGCUGACACAGCGUGUAAAGGCCAACACCAGUAAGAAACGGAAAGUCUCACUUCUUUUUGAUCACCUUGAGCCAGAGGAGCUGUCAGACCACCUUACCUAUCUUGAGUUUAAGUCUUUCAGAAGAAUAUCGAAGCUCCACCAGCUGCAGAAUUUCAACACAUUAAUGGCAGUGAUAGGAGGUCUCUGUCACAGUUCCAUUUCCAGGCUCAAGGAAACAAGCUCAUGUGUUCCUCAUGAUGUCAUUAAGGUGUUUAAUGAAAUGACAGAAUUGCUUUCGUCUUACAGAAACUAUGAUAGUUACCGACGUGCCUAUAACGAGUGCAGUAACUUUAAGAUCCCAAUCCUUGGGGUCCACCUGAAAGACUUGAUAUCCCUUUAUGAGGGCAUGCCAGACUACUUGGAGGACAAAAAGAUUAAUGUGUACAAACUAUAUUCUCUGUAUAACCACAUAGAUGAGCUGAUACAACUCCAGGAAAUGCCACUUCCCCUGGAGGCUAAUAUGGACCUUGUUCACUUGCUUACACUGUCCCUUGAUCUUUACUACACAGAAGAUGAAAUUUAUGAACUUUCGUAUGCACGAGAGCCACGAAGUCACCGAGCUGCUCCUAUGACUCCUUCCAAACCACCAGUGGUUGCAGACUGGGCCUCAGGAGUGGCCCCAAAACCUGAUCCAAAAACCAUUAGCAAACAUGUUCAGAGGAUGGUAGAUUCUGUCUUCAAAAAUUAUGACCAUGAUCAGGACGGAUACAUUUCCCAGGAAGAAUUUGAAAAGAUUGCUGCCAGUUUCCCAUUCUCGUUUUGUGUAAUGGCUAAGGACUGGGAAGGUCUGAUUAGCAGGGAUGAAAUAACAGCUUACUUUAUGAGGGCUAGCUCAAUCUAUUCCAAAUUAGGACUUGGCUUUGCUCACAACUUCCAAGAGACCACUUACCUAAGGCCCACUUUCUGCGACAACUGUGCUGGAUUUCUAUGGGGAGUCAUUAAACAAGGAUACAGAUGCAAAGACUGUGGGAUGAACUGUCACAAGCAGUGCAAAGACCUGGUUGUGAUAGAGUGCAAGAGAAGACCCAAAAGUUCAGUUGCAGACAGCAGCCCAACAUCUGCUCUUGCUUCAAGCCUCUGCCCAGUAGGAGUUAAAGAACAAUUCCAUGGACAAGAAGAAGGAUCCUUCACCUUUCCUAAUGGAGAAGUAGUGGAGCACAGUGAAGACAGCAAGGAUCGAACCAUUAUGCUCAUGGGUUCCUCAGCUCAGAAAAUCUCAGUGAGACUGAAACCAGCUGUAAUUCAUAAAAGUACACAGACUGAUCCUGUACUGCUGGCUGGUGAUGUAUCUCGUAAGCGGAGAGAGAAGAAAGAACACAGGAUGCCAGAAAAUCCUUAUCUCCAGGCAGCUCCAGCAUCCACAUUUCCAAGCCCAAUUCUAGGCCGCCGAAAGGCAUUUGUUAAAUGGGAAAACAAGGACUCCAGCCAGAAAAUGAAGGAGGAGCAUCACAGCUGUAAACCCUCAUACCAGGAACUUGAGCAGGAAAUGAAUAUUCUAAAGGCAGACAAUGAAGGUUUAAAGAUCCAGCUGGAACAGGCACACAAAACAAUUGAAUCUCUCACAAUCCAGAAAAGAAACCAUGUAGCUGACAGUCUACAACACAGAGACUGCUCCUAGCAGAUGAGAGGAAAAUCUCCUAUGGAAUGAAAGAAUGUAAGACUGAAAGAGGGGCUGUGAUAAAGCUGCUUUCCAAGUGAACUGGAGAGAGAAUCUGCAGGAUAUUAAGCAGAAAUGUUCUCUUUACUCAACACAUUCCCCUUUUAAACAUGCACUCCCAAAUGUAUAAAAUAAUUUUGACCUUGUAGGGUAAUUUAGCAUUAUCUGUGCAAUGAAAAUAGUAUCUUCUGGGUUUGCUUUUAAAAGGAGUGUGUUGCUGAAGUCUCUGUUCAUGUUGAAGACCGUAGUGAUUUCCCAGUGACUUACUUAGCUGCCAGCAGCACACCUUAGUGUACAAAUGUUCUGACAAAGUAGCUAUUCAAAAGACUGGGUCACCUCAAAUUUGGCCCAAACUCAGUUUUAUAGAAACAAAUGUGUGAUAAAGCUGAGUAAGUAAAACUUUAGAAAAACUGCAUUAAGAAAAAAAAUCCUUCUUGGAGCUGAAACCAAUUAAAGACAUGAAGUGAAUGGUCACAUUUAAUACCAAAAAUUAACAAGAAACUUAAAAGUAGCUAAGCUAAUGAUAUUUGAUCCAUACACUUUAAGAUAAACUGACAAUGUUUUUAAGCAUCGUUCAGAGCUUUUGAAGUUCUGCUGCUCACUUACCUUUAUUAAAGUAACAGAAGUGAGACUAUAGAGACUUGACAUUGAAUAUUGCUUCCAUGCCAUGACUUGGAAGAUUUAACUCCCCUUAUUUGGCUUAAGGAAUAACUGUUCACAUACAUAUGCAGAUAUGGGACAAGGUUGAUUAUAUUUCUCUCACAUCAAAGUAAGAUGUCAUUGUUGAGCAGAAUCUUUAGAGCCGUAUUAUGAGGGAAACUGUACAACAAUCUCUGUGCAAUAGCUACUGUAUUUCAGAGCUCCUAACAAAAUUUCUCCAUUUUCUCUCUCCUAGAUUUCACAUGCACUUUACAUUAAGAGUCAAGAUGAGCGUGCUUCUAUGUGUGUAAAUUUUGUAUAAUAAAAGGUGUGAGGGAGGUAACUUAAAGACACAAAGUGUAUAUAUUUUUAAGAGAAAAUAAAAGUCUUUCAAGUUACUAAUAAAUCUACUUGUCAAAA